CAGUAGAACCGUACGAAUCAUAAAUGCGGAUGAGCCUGAAGUUGAUGACGUAGAGAACCGGUGAAAACAAGCAUAUGUUGCUGCAUAUCAGUGCAAUGGAAGGAGAGUAGAGUUAGAAUAUGUUCGUUUUUGGAUAUAAUUUUUAUCUAUCACUUUAUAACUGCUAGGUGCAUUUUUCUGUCGAAAUGAUAUCACCGGAAUGUUUGCUCUGUUACGGGGUACUACUAGCUAUAUUUGUUCUAAUUUUGCUCUGCGUAAUAAUAUAUGUAACGAGCGAACGAUAUCCUAAAAUAUGGAGAGAUAAGAGUGAGAAAUUCUUUCUUAAUGUUCAAACAAAAACAAAGGAAGCAUUUCCUUCACUGCACGAUGCCUGGAGCGUACAUCUCAGUGUCAUUGUGCCUGCAUAUAACGAAGAGCAUAGAUUACCGCCAAUGUUGGAUAAAUGUUUCCAGUAUUUAGAAAACUGUACAAAAUCUGGAUUCACGUAUGAAGUGAUAGUAGUCAGUGAUGGAAGCACAGAUAAAACUAUAGAUGUUGCGCAGGGUUAUGCAUUAAAAUACAAUACUCUGAGAAUAUUAAAUCUUGUCAAAAAUAGAGGAAAAGGUGGUGCUGUAAGGCUGGGCAUGCUGAGUGCAAGAGGCAGUGCUUUGCUAUUUGCAGAUGCAGAUGGUGCCACUAGUUUUAAAGAUUUAGAAAAGUUAGAUGAAAGUUUGACAAAUGUUUUAGGAUUCAAUUACAUGGGAGAUCCAGAAAAAACAGCAUCGUCAGAUGCAGUAAUAUGUGGAUCAAGAGCCCAUUUAGAGAAAGAAGAGACUGUAAAACGAUCAUACUUUAGACUAUUCCUUAUGCAUGGAUUUCACUUUCUAGUUUGGCUUUUAUGUGUAAGAGGAAUUAGGGAUACACAAUGUGGAUUUAAGCUUCUAACGAGAAAAUCAGCUAGAACAUUAUUCGAAGCGUUACAUAUUGAACGCUGGGCCUUUGAUGUAGAAAUGCUCUAUAUUGCACAAAGUCUCAACAUUCCUAUAACUGAAAUAGCAGUGAACUGGAAGGAAAUCGAUGGCUCUAAGAUAAUACCGUUUUGGAGCUGGCUGCAGAUGGGCAAAGAUCUAAUCUUCAUCUGGCUUAGAUAUAGAAUUGGAGCAUGGAAGAUAAAUAAGACCAAAACUGCUUAACAUAAACAACACAUGAAAAGUCUGCUAAAAAACGAUUAUCCGAAUUGAUCUUUUCUCGUCUUUUUGUAAAAAUAUUUUUACAAUAAACUUAGGAUUACAUUCCUGUGAAGUUUAAUCCCAAA